UUUGGAAUGUGUGUUCCAAAUACUUCCCUUUCUUCCCAGAAGCAGGAGGUUUUAUUUAAAAUAAAGCUGUUUAUUUGGCAUUUCUGGGCGACCCUUUUCUGAGGAACCACAGCAAUGAAUGGCUUUGCAUCUUUUCUUGGAAGAAAACAGUUUAUCCUCCUGGUACUAUUUCUUUUGCAAAUUCAGAGCCUGGGUCUGGAUAUCAAUAGCCGUCCUACCGCUGAAGUCUGUGCAACACACACAAUUUCACCAGGACCCAAAGGAGAUGAUGGUGAAAAAGGAGAUCCAGGAGAAGAGGGAACACAUGGAAAAGUGGGACCCAUGGGGCCAAAAGGAAUUAAAGGAGAACGGGGUGAUAUAGGAGAUCAGGGCAAUAUUGGCAAGACUGGACCCAUUGGCAAGAAGGGUGACAAAGGAGAAAAAGGUUUGCUUGGAAAACAUGGGAAAAAAGGCAAAGCAGGUACUGUCUGUGAUUGUGGAAGAUACCGGACAUUUGUUGGACAACUGGAUAUUAGUAUCGCUCGGCUCAAGACAUCUAUGAAGUUUGUCAAGAAUGUCAUAGCAGGGAUUAGGGAAACUGAAGAGAAAUUCUACUACAUCGUGCAGGAAGAGAAGAACUAUAGGGAAUCCCUAACCCACUGCAGGAUUCGGGGUGGAAUGCUAGCCAUGCCCAAGGAUGAAGCUGCCAACACACUCAUCGCUGACUAUGUUGCCAAGAGUGGCUUCUUUCGGGUGUUCAUUGGCGUGAAUGACCUUGAAAGGGAGGGACAGUACGUGUUCGCAGACAACACUCCACUGCAGAACUAUAGCAACUGGAAUGAAGGGGAGCCCAGUGACCCCUCUGGUCAUGAGGACUGUGUGGAGAUGCUCAGCUCUGGCAGAUGGAAUGACACAGAGUGCCAUCUUACCAUGUACUUUGUCUGUGAGUUCAUCAAGAAGAAAAAGUAACUUCCCUUAUGCUAUAUAUUUGCUAUUUUCCUGUGAUCAUGAUUACACUUAUUUUUAUCCGUCCUUUUUUUCCCUAAUUAUACUACAUUUGAUCUGACUCAGCACAACUAGGAAAUGCUAAACUGAGGUAUGGAACCUCCAUCAUCAUGCUCUUUUGUGAUGAUUUUCAUAUUUUCACACAUGAUAUGUUAUUGACUCUGUGGCUCACUAGGUUACAUGGGUCUUAAGAGAGCAUUUUAAUUCCUAAUUUUACAGGACAUGGUUGGUUGUUUACAUGUCAAAUGAGUUGUGCUCUUGGUAUUUGCUCUACCAUCUCUCCCUAGAUAACUCUGUGUCUAGCCCAGUAGAUGAUUGUCCAGUUUGUUGGUGAUGAUUAAGAAGGUUGUUGAUGGCCAGGCUAACUUGCCUGGCCCAAAGCCAGGAUUGUAGAAGGGCUUUCUGUGAGUAAUGAUAAGAUCUUUGAAUCCAGGAUGCCCAGAUCUUUUACCAGUCACGCCCUAUGGCCAUGGCCAUACUUGAAAGUUCUCCAUGUUGGCACAGACUUAGAAAUGCUUUAACCCCAAACUUUUAUAUGUGCAACUUCUAGCCUGUGUCUUGUUUCAGACCAUGGGAAUGAUGAAUACUCUUUUUGUGCUUCUGAUCUACAGACUUCAGUAACAUAAACCAAGUAUGUGCUUUGGAGCCCUUAGUGUAGGCCUUCACCGUAAUUUCAGGUCCCUCCAUAUUCACAACUGAUUAAAGAAAAAUGGAACUCUUAAAAUCAAAUUGAAAAAAUGGGGGAAUUGUUCACAACAGUAUUAUUUAUAGUUCUCUUACUAAAUUGCCCUCUGCUAUUAAUAUAACUUCAUUUUGAUUUAUCUUAGGUUUACGUGCAUGAGUUUUAUUCGCCUUAGGCAUGGGGAAUGAAGGAAGGAGUUUGUGAAGCCUUAAGAAAAUUCUGGAAGCUUCAAAGUGCUACCAGCAUCAUCUCCAGGUCUCCUUCUCCUUGCCUCUAACCUAUCACUCAUGGUGACAUUUCACGGGAGGUCUUUUAUUCUUCAUAAAUAUAUGUGGUAAAUAUCCUACCACAGAUGUCCCUCCUAAUACUCUGACAUCACAGAAACAUAUGAGGCACAGAAUUUGGAGCAUGCCUAGAACUCGCAUUUACUGUGAGGAUAAAAUUCUACCUUGAACUGCAGAUCAAACCUCAAAGCAGCUUUCACUUGGAAUUUAAAAAUAAACAGUUCGAAGAUACUCUAGAUUAUCACCCUAUAAACUGCUGCUCCAGUUAUGGUUUGUGGCAUAUGAUUAGGCUGUUUUAAAUGCUGGCAAAAUGGUUAAUGAAAUAAGAGAAACAGAUCAACAACAUAUGUUCACCUUAAACCAUCUGUUCAUGAUUUCACUCAUGACUAACUGGUUAUGAGAUAGGAUUUAAUUAGGUUAUUUCUGUGGGUUCAACAAAGGCCAUAAACUCAGAUCCUACAGGGUCCAGGCAUAUGACAUACAUAAAUGAAGUGGAACAGGUGGGGACCCUAGUGCACUGAGCACAGCUUACCCUUCCAAAGGAACCAGCUGCUCCUCAGUGGCUGCUACUGGUGCUAGGGAGGACCCAAUCUUGCUACAUGUGCUGAUAUUCCAAGAGAAGUCAGAAAGCUGGGACUUUGUAACAUAUCCUCAUAUUUUAAAAUGCUGGCAGUGAAUUAAUUUUUAACCCAAACUUUAAGUCAUAUGGGUUAAAAAUUAAUUAAAGAUUAGAGGUCAAAAGUCUUCUAGCCAUAAUUGUGAUCAUUUUAUUUCUUACUUCUGGAGGAAGGUUUACAAGUUUCUAACCAAAUAGAAUGUCAUUAGGUUAUGAUGACAUCAAAGUCAAGAUAUCCUAUUAAUACCUUAUUCAAUUCAGCUUAAUAAUAGGAAUUUGUUAUAUGUUUGGACAUUUAUCAGGUUACUAGUUAAAUGCUUAUGAGAUGAUAGCACAUGAUAUUUUAAAGGCAGAAAAGUUGAAUAAAAAUUACAAAGCAGGACCAUCAUAUCAAAGCCAGUAUCCUUGGAUAGAAAGCCAUCCCAGAUCAUGAGCAAUAAAAACCCAGAAACACCUGUAGGAAAAUAAGGCUCAUAUGUAAGAAGAGAGGAAGGAGAGACAUGCAGCAAAUGUUGCUGAUGGGCAGCUUCAUGUUAAAGAUCCAUGUCCUGAUUUUCUCUAAGCCCCCAAAGUAUGAACAUUUGUUGUGUGUACUGUAGUUGCUAUUACUACUUACUAUGAAUGUUAUAGUAAUAAUAGUUCUCUCAAUGACUCAUCUUUGCUGUGAUGCUUCCAAAAAAAAAUAUUAACAGAACUUCAGCCAAUAAUGUGUAUCCUGCAACCUUGCCUGAAAGAAAUUUUGAAGAUACCACACCAUUAAUUUAAAUUAUUAUGAAAACUCAAAUUUUUGAAGCACUUUGUGCUUAAUAAAAUGCCUUCACAUAUCAUUUUUUAUUUGAUUCUGAUAAACUCUGUGAAGGAUGAAAAACAAUCAUUUUACUGCCACUUCCCAAUGAUAAUACUGAGGCCCAAGGAAGCUAAGCACUUUACCAAAAUCAGUUCACAUGUAAAAGAAAUCAGUGCCUUUAGCCUCUGAUUGAAACCGCCAAUGCAGUGUCUUCUCCAAUCUCUGUGCAUUACUCAUGUAUUGAAUGGAAUUUCAUCCACAAUGAUCUUGUGAUAGAAGGUGCUCAAAUGACUUAUCUGUACUACAUUCCAAAGUUAAAGGUGAGGAUUAAUUAACAGAGAUGAUGGGGAAUCAGAAGCUUGCCUUACAAAUUUAGUGUUCACUGGUUUGUUUUUUAAUUCACAAAUGUCCACAUAAGCCAUUAGUGUUGAGGAGGUAAAUUACGGCAGCCGUAGUACAAUUCUGCAGAUAACUACAGAUAUAGGGCAAUCAAAUCAGAUACAUAAAAAUCAAGACUUGUCCCAAAUAAGAAUGAGCAAAUAAUUAUUUUCCUCAUAAAAGAAUUCACUAGAGAAGUGAGUCACUGCUCAAACAUAGUAGAAAUAUGUACACCCUUAUUAUAGAAAGAUAUAACAAGUGUUAAUUGCACUUUGGACAACUCACCCACAAACACUGCCGGCAUUUUAAAAAUGCAUUUCAUCUGCUUAGAUCUGUAUAACUCAAAUAUGAGCAGCUCUAAUUGUCAUUAAUUGAACAAUGUCCAGCUCUCUGGAUUGCACACUUUGAGAUAACACAAUACUUGUGGAAUAGGAAAAGUAAGCUAUACAGCAUCACUCACAGCAUCAACGUAUUGAGACUAAAUUUUCUCAGGUAUUAUCAGUGAUAGGAAAAUGACAGUGUGAUUCCAUCUGGGGUAGCACUGGUUUGACAGCAUCACUUAGAAAUUAAAAAUCUAGAUCUGAUAUCACAACUGCCCAAAGGCCACACCAACUGUGCUUCUUACUAGCCACAUUAGGAGAAUAUCUUAAGUGCUCUAAACCUUGCUUUUCUAAUCUAUAUAGUUCUUCCCCUCAUAAUGUUGUGACAAAUAAAAGCAGCAAUGCAAUGAGGUAUUUAGCAGAGUACCAGUAAAAUAAGUUAUAUGAAUGCAAAGACACUUACUUAGCUAUUGCUACCAACUGCAUCUACUACCAGAUGCAUAUUGAAGAGAAACAAAACAUAGUUUAAGACAUAUUAAAAAUUACCUAUGUGAAUAUAUGUCUCUCAUAUGUAUACUACACACACAGCAUAUAUAUGCUGUAUGUAUGUACUAAAUGUGUGUGUGUGCAUGUUCAGCAAGGUAAAUAUUUUAUACUUAUUCAACAGAUUUUUUUCUCUGGGAAGGUAAAUAAAUUUGCCAAAAGUUG